AUGCCUCCCGGGACCACGAACAAUAAAACAAAUAAUGCCCGCCAUGCACGCACAACUUCUUGGUCAAGUGGCUUCCACUUGAUCCAGACCACCGGCGAAUCCUCCGAAACCCCUCAAGGCCGUCGUCGACGCGAGUCCAACGUCUCCCUCGCCAGCGUUGAAGAACGCUCCACCCCCGACUCACUCGACUCGCCCACCCUCAAUGACACCAUGUUAAGGAAUACCUCGAUGGAUCUGUCUGCCGAUCGCAAAGCCCGGCAUGUGCGCGGCCGCUCGAUCAGCCACGGCCAGCCACAGCUGUUGGCCAUGCGGGAGGAUGAGCUUCCGGUUGCGCCGGCGCGCCCCGCGCCCGUAACUUGGAUGUCGCUGCCGCGCAAGGGUCAACUGGGACUUCUGGGACUCUGUCGGGUCUUCGAUUUCUUGCAGAUUGCUUCCCUGCAGGCAUAUAUGUUCUACCAGCUCAAGUCCUUUGAUCCGAACCUCUCCGACUCGGAUGUCGCGACCCAGGCGGGUAUUCUCCAGGGUGCUUUCACUGCUGCUCAGUUUGCGACGGCGAUCCCCUGGGGUCGUGCUGCUGACGCUGAGUGGGGUGGACGCAAGUUCGUUCUGCUUGUUGGUUUAAUUGGUACGGCGGUGUCUUGUUUGGGUGUCGCUUAUUCAACGUCGUUCGCGCAGGCCGUGUUUUGGCGCUCGUUUGGCGGUGGUAUCAACGGUACUGUUGGUAUCAUCCGGACUAUGAUUGCGGAGAAUGUUAAAGAGAAAAAAUAUCAUUCGCGUGCUUUCUUGAUUCUGCCCAUUGGUUUCAAUAUAGCCUCGCUGUUUGGUCCCGUCAUGGGUGGCAUGCUAGCUGAUCCUGUUAAGAGCUAUCCUCGUCUCUUUGGUCCUAACUCGUCUUUCGGGGGCGUGAAUGGAGUGCAGUGGCUCCAGACGUAUCCUUACGCUCUGCCAAUGUUCGCGAACUUCUGUUUCCUCUCUUCGACCGCAGCUUUAGUUGCCUAUGGGCUGGAGGAGACCCUAGCUUCUUGCAAGGGCAAGCCCGGCCUAGGUGCAUUCGCUAAGAAGCUCUUGGCACGUUGCGCGAAGAAAGUAGUUCCAUCUUCUUCGCCCUUGUACACGAGACUUCCGCUCCGUGACAAUGAAGAGGACGGACCUUUGCUGGACCAACCGGUAGACCGCUCGGAAAGCUAUGAGCUUGAAGAAAAGGCACAUAAGCCUGCGCGUCAUCAACAGGUCCUACCCUUCCGGAGAAUCUGGACCAAGAACGUGCUGUCCACACUCGGUGCGCAAGCUUUCUUCGACUUCCAAAUGGGUGCCUUCAACAAUCUUUGGCUGCUUUUUCUUUCUACUCCCCGCUAUGACGCCAAUGACGCCGGAAGCCCAGCCCAAAGCUUGCCAUUCGCCUUCACGGGUGGACUGGGUAUGCUGCCGCAGAGCGUCGGCUUCGCUACAGCCAUUCUCGGCAUGAUUGGCAUGUUCCUCCAGUUCACUAUCUACCCUUCCAUCAAUAGCCGCCUGGGAACGGCUAAGAGCUAUCAGUAUUUCCUCUCCCUCUUUCCGAUCGCAUACUUCAUUGCCCCCUAUAUCUCGCUGGCGCCGUCCACAACUCCCCCUCCUGGCCAAGCCAACGGCCCUUGGGUCUGGUUUGGGAUCAUUGUUGUUCUCUUCUUCCAGGUCACUGCCCGAACCUUCACUCUUCCAACCUCCAUCAUCCUGCUUAACAACUGCUCGCCGCACCCAUCGGUCCUCGGUACAAUGCACGGCAUCGGCCAGUCCGUGUCUUCCGCCUUCCGUACCAUUGGACCUAUCUUUUCAGGCGCAUGGUAUGGGUAUGGCCUGGACGUCGGCAUGGUCGGCUUUGCUUGGUGGUUGAUUGCCUUGGUAUCUGUAUUUGGCUGUGUCGCAGCCGUGUUCGUAUAUGAAGGUUCAGGGCAUGAGAUCCUUCUUCCUGGUGAAGAAGAAGAGAUCUGA